AUGUCAAACGAGCUGCAUGAGCCCGUUCUAGACCUUCUGUCCUCGAAGAAUCUUUUGAAUCCGGAUCGCCAAUGCUGGAAUGGUAUAGGGGAUACCAAACUCCCAACAAAAAGACAUCCACACCGCAAUCCAACAACCACCACAAUUCCAACACCACAAUCCUAA